AUGGCACUCCUAAAUCACAACUCUGUGGCUCUCAUCACAGCCAGCUCUGCAGGCCUCGGCGCCGAAACCGCACGAGUCCUAGCAUCAAGCGGUGUCCGAGUUAUCAUAAACUACAACUCCAGUGAUCAGAAAGCACUAUCUCUCAUUAAGGAAUUAGAAACCCUUCAACCAGUCUCUACUGGGAAUGAGAGACAGAACCCGCGUUUCCAUGCCAUUAAAGCCGAUGUUUCACAGAAGGCUGAGCUUGUUCGACUUGUUGAGGAAGCUGUGGAGUGGACUAAAUUAAGAAACUUCCUCGAUCUCGACGAUAACAUGGAAGAAGGUGACUGGGAUAAGUGCUUCAACAUGAACGUCAAAUCACAUCUCUUCCUCUUCCAUGCGGCAAGGAAGCAUUUGGAAAACACAGAAGGCUCUUUUAUUACCACUGCUUCUCUCGCGGGUGUGAUGCCAAGUGGAAGUUCUAUAGCAUAUUCUGUGACCAAAGCUGCGCAGAUACACCUGGCUAAAGCACUCGCUAUGGCAGCGGCCCCCAAGAUUCGGGUUAAUUCUGUCUCGCCGGGCUUGUUACUCACAGAGUGGGGUCUUCAAUUCCCACAAGAUAAAAUUGAUCAAACCACAGAACGAAGUCUUCUAAAGAGAGUUGCCAUUGUUGAGGAUGUUGCUAGGCAGAUCGUGUGCUUAGCGAAUAGUUCCUCUCAGACUGGUACAAAUACGGUUAUUGAUGGUGGAAGAGCGCUUGGAUAA